GAGGAGGAAAGCUGAAGAGCAUGCGGAGCAGCAGCCCAAAGAGGCUGAAAUCUGGUUUGAUGACGUCGAUCCAAAAGAUAUUGAAGCAGCAAUAGGACCCGAAGCAUCAAAAAUUGCCAGAAGAAAUCUCGGACUUGAAACAGGCCCAUCCAAACUGUCUGUGGAGCAGGUGCUGGUUAAAGAAAAGGCUUCCGAAGGGCUGACACGGGCUGUCGCCAUGGACUGCGAGAUGGUGGGAGUGGGACCCAAGGGGGAAGACAGCAUUGUGGCUCGCGUCUCCCUCGUCAACCAGUUUGGAAAGUGCAUUUAUGACAAAUAUGUCAAGCCCACAGAGGAGGUGACCGAUUACAGAACAGCUGUUAGUGGCAUACGCCCUGAGAAUAUAAGUAAAGGUGAAGAUUUUAAAACAGUUCAGAAGGAGGUUGCUGAAAUCUUGAAUGGAAGGAUUUUGGUUGGACACGCUUUACGCAAUGAUCUAAAGGUCCUAUUUCUUGAUCACCCUAAGAAGAAAAUACGUGACACGCAAAGAUACAAGCCUUUCAGACAGAGAGUCAAGGCUACACGGCCAUCAUUGAAACUGCUCUGUGAGAAACUGCUAAAUGUUCAAGUGCAGACAUCAGAGCACUGCUCGAUUCAGGACGCACAAGCAGCUAUGAGACUGUACACCCUGGAGAAAAAGAAAUGGGAAGCUGCUGUUAAGAACAAACCUAACAACAAAAAUCAUAAAACUUGAAUGGUUUUCAUCAGCAGCAUUUGCUGGUUUCAUGUCACAUUCCAGGAGAAAAUUCAGAGAAGCCAGAACUGACAGCAGCUACUUCAUAAAAUCAAUCAAAAGACAGUAAUUCCUAACCUGGUACAUGAGUGCUACGAGAAUACUGCUCAUCCCCCCUUUCUGGAUGGUACCUAAGCCUAAUGCCUGCUACUGUGUUUAAACAAUACCUUAACAAAUGCCUGGCAUUUGUGAGGUACUUCAUCAGUUCCAUUUCUGCAACUUGACACAUACACUGAAGAAAAAGCGUUUUUAAAUUAAUACAGAUGAAGGAAGAAAUAGUCAUCGCUUUGCUGAAACUCCCAAGACUAAAAUCUUUAUUUCAGAUAUUUUCAAGUCAACAAAGUAAGGCACAUUCUUAAAUUGUUGCUGUUAGUCUCACAGUUGCGGUAUCUAAAUCAACAGAAUAUGUAUUAAUGGCCCAAUAUUAAUCUUUCUGGUGAGAAAAAUACUGAAAUAUUUCUGGGGGAUCCAGGCUUUUAUAUCUGAACCAGCAGCAUACGAGUCUUAUUCUUAUACAGGAAGACUUUCUUUACUCCUGCAGUUUCAGAAGCGCUGCAUCCACAAGGGUCAUUAUCUCCUGGAGAGAAAUGAGAAUUGUCAAAUAAAUACAAGAUUACCUUGUUGCUUCACUUAUUUUUAUAUUCCUUUAUUAAUAAAAAUGGUGUGUCUAACAUAGGCCUUUAAAGUCAGUGGUGUUUUAAACAGAUGUGGGGUCUGGUUCUUCAAAAUCCAAAGCAAAUGUAAUUACCAGGCUGAAUACUAAUGCUGUGAUUUAAAUAAUCUAAAUGGUUACUGGAAGGUAACAAGGAAUGGGUUUCAGAGGCUAAACCAAAACUGAAGAGCAAAGCUAUAAGAUUAACCAGUUCUAUUGGUUUCAUGAGAAAACUUGUAUUUAAUGGUUUCUUGACAGGAAGCCAUUGCAGUAUUAGUGUAACACAUUAAAUAGCCUGAGUAACUUUGCUGUUUCUGGUGUUUCAAAUGUGUGUUUUUUUCAGUAUGAAUCCUUGUUGGAAUUUAAUAUGUUAAGUCUUCAGGCAGGCAAGCUGUCACAAGGGUUUUGUUUGUUGGGUUUGUGUUUUUCUAAGAAUGUCACUUAUAAAGCAAAAAUAAUUGGAUGUAA